CCAAGAGAGCACAAGAUACCCUCAUCUGUUCCGAUAUGCCGAAUUCAAGCAGCUCCACAUCUUCCACAAAAAGCAUCCGGAGAGCUGCGUCUGAACUCGAGCGCUCCGAUUCCAUUACGUCUCAGAAGUUUGUGGGAAGGCGGCAGAGUUUGAUCGAGGAUGCGCGCAAGGAGCGCGAGGCGGCGGCGGCGGCGGCGGCGGAGGCUGCGGGACUCAGCGAGCAGAUCGUGUUUGAGGAGAGCGAUGGAAAAGCCUUGCUCAGUCUCUUCUUCUCUCUGAGGAGUUCAAAGAGUCCAGCGCUGUCCCGCACUCUUAAGGUUUUUGAGACAUUUGAAGCCAAGAUCCACCAUCUUGAGACCAGACCGAGCCGAAAACCGAAGGACGGUCUGGAGGAUCUGGAGUAUUACGUUCAGUGUAAGGUGCACCUGUCAGACGUGAGCACACUGGUCAGCUCUCUCAAGAGAAGCGCAGAGGACGUCAAAACCACUAAAGAGGUCAAAUUUCAUUGGUUUCCAAGAAAAAUCGCUGAACUGGAUAAAUGCCAUCAUCUCAUCAACAAAUUUGAUCCGGAACUGGAUCAGGAUCAUCCAGGAUUCACUGACCCCGUUUACAGAAAACGGCGGAAGAUGAUUGGAGACAUUGCCUUCAGAUACAAACACGGAGAACCGAUUCCCAGAGUGGAGUAUACGGAAGAGGAGAUCGAAACAUGGCGUGAGGUCUACUCCACCCUCAGGGAUCUGUACACCACCCACGCCUGCAGUGAACAUCUAGAGGCUUUCCGCUUACUGGAGAAACACUGCGGCUACAGUCCUGAUAACAUCCCUCAGCUGGAGGAUGUGUCCCGCUUCUUAAAAGAGCGCACAGGGUUUCAGCUGCGUCCGGUGGCAGGUCUACUCUCUGCUCGGGAUUUUCUGGCCAGCCUGGCGUUCCGUGUGUUCCAGUGCACACAAUACAUACGGCACGCUUCCUCCCCCAUGCACUCGCCUGAACCGGAUUGUGUCCAUGAACUUCUCGGACAUGUACCGAUAUUAGCUGACAGAACAUUUGCACAGUUUUCUCAGAGUAUUGGUCUGGCCUCUCUUGGAGCUUCUGAUAAAGAUAUCGAGAAACUGUCAACACUGUACUGGUUCACAGUGGAGUUUGGACUGUGUAAGCAGGCAGGGACGGUCAAAGCAUAUGGAGCAGGACUGCUCUCGUCUUAUGGCGAGCUGGUGCAUUCUCUCUCAGAUGAGCCAGAGCGACGGGAAUUUGACCCGGACACUGUAGCUGUUCAGCCGUACCAGGAUCAGACUUACCAGCCCGUCUAUUUUGUGUCUGAAAGCUUCUCAGAUGCUACAGAGAAACUGAGAGCAUAUGUGACCCACAUCAAGAGACCAUUUUCUGUGCGGUUUGACCCUUACACAGACAGCAUAGAAGUGCUGGAUAACCCACUGAAGAUCCAGCAGGGGCUGGAGACCAUUAAAGAUGAACUGAAGAUUCUCACGGAUGCCCUGAAUGUGUUGGCUUGAUUCUGUUGCGAGGAGCCAAUCAGCUGUCCUGUUCCUCUCUGCUUCAUGUGACAGUCUCAUUGUUAUGCUGUGCGUUUAUGUCUACAUCUGCUGCUACAGACGUUGUUGCUUUUAAAACGCUGAGUACCAACCUCAAAACCUCAAGUCGGUAGUUGAUUCCAGAAACCUUAAAGGGAUAGUUCACCUAAAAAUGAAAACUCUGUCAUCAUUUAUUCAC